GUACAAAUGAGUUACGGUGAAGGUGGUGAAGACUCGUGGUUCGAGGGCGUUCCGGACUUGCCAGAAGACUGGGAUGGUCCUGGUAACGUGGUUCGAUGGGGAGGUCAAUCAAUGGAAGCUGCAGUACGUUGUCGUCACUAUAAAGUCGCCCGUUGGUUGAAAGACUACGUGCCAUACGAAAGCACUGAAGGGGAACUAGAGACUAUCAUUGAGAUCGCUGUGAAUGAUGGCGCCAUGGAGUUUGCAGAGUAUCUGAUGCCUGCGGAUCGACAGAUCUUAGAGUAUAUUCAUGAAAGGGCCCGGCCUGAAGCGGUCGGGUGGGUUCUGGAAAGGGAGGACGUGAGAAAGAAUCAAGACUUUGGGGCGUAUGGGAUUGUUAUAGCAGCGCUGCAUGGCAACUUGGAUCUCAUGCAGCGACUGGCUCGAACGAGAAACAAGAGGCGGAAAAUUACGAUAUGGCCGAGAGAAUGGAAAUUUUCGAUUGAACUGGCCUGUAGCCGUGGCAACUUUGAGAUGGUCAAGUGGAUGAUGGAACACCCACUAGGCCCAGAAGCGUGUGCUAGCAUGAAAGAUCAGUGUACAUUCGAUGAUCUCCUGUAUAAGGCGGCAAAAAGUGGAAAUGCUGAGCUAGUGGGAUAUCUCUUGGACCAAGGCUGCGAUGAUACGAACGCCUAUGCUAUUAGAAAUGCAGCUGCAAAAGGUCAUUUGGAGUGUAUGAAAGUGCUGCUUGAACGUUGUGCAAGGUGCAUGUAUAGUGAUCGGGAACCUGUCGAGAGUGCAGUAGUAGAAGCUGCAAGGAAUGGUUAUCUGGAAAUCCUUGAGUUCUUACAUGUUCAAGACCCACCGUUGAUGCAUCCAUGCACAGAGCGAGCCAGACUAACAUCUCCUAAGCGACGGAAAGUUGAGUCCACGAAUAUCUGGUGGGCUCGAUCAAUUGAAGCGUUCAACGCUGCAGCGGGUAAAGGGCAUCUAGAAGUGGUCAAAUGGCUACAUGGAAACAGAUAUCGAGGUUGGACUACUGAUGCUAUGGACGAUGCUGCUGGUAAUGGCCAUUUCGAAAUGGUGAAAUGGCUACACACUAAUACAAAGGUGGAAUGCACGAAGAGAGCGAUGGAUGACGCUGCUAGGAAUGGCAAUUUGGAGAUACUCAAGUGGCUACAUACCAACCGCUCGGAAGGAUGUACCCACCGAGCUUUCAGUCAUGCCAUCAACAACGGACACUUGCGAGUGGCAUACUGGCUUCGAUCCAAGGAUUUGAGUGUUGCUCCACCGACUAAUCGAUUCUGGCUCCGCUCGAACAACCAGUUCGAUGUGCUUUUGUUUCUACGUGUGAAUUGCCCUGAUAUUUUUACGACUGAAUUUGGUCAAGAAGCAAAGUACGAUUAUUCAGGCGAUGCCGCUAGACCAGGGGAUUACCUGAUCGAAGGAUGGCUAGAGCAAAUUAUCCAGUGUAUCCCGCUGAGGAGGAAUAGUGCUGAACAUAUUAAGGAUGUUUAACCGAACCAUAACUGCCAUAAUCCUAACGAAGGCGCUGCAGUGCUUGGCUAGACGUUCCAGACAUAAAAAAAAGCUGUUCAAGAUGUGGAUUCUGUAAGAAAGC